CAUCAACAAUCCGCCCUCGACGACGUUCAUCGACCUCAAGACUCGCAAGGCAACACAACUUUCUUCAUAUUUCCGAAAAUGGCAGACCGAGCUGAACGUGGUGGUGAACGUGGUGGUGACCGUGGUGGAUUUGGCCGUGGUCGUGGUGGCCGAGGUGGUCCUCGUCGUGGUCCUCGUCGGGGUGCCAAGAGGGACGAAGAGAAGGAGUGGGUCCCUGUCACCAAACUUGGCCGACUUGUAAAGGAUGGCAAAAUCAAAUCUAUUGAAGAAAUCUACCUCUUUUCGCUUCCGGUCAAGGAGUACCAGAUCAUUGAUAUCCUUCUCCCUAACCUCAAAGAUGAAGUCAUGAAGAUCAUGCCUGUCCAGAAACAAACCCGAGCCGGUCAACGAACCCGUUUCAAAGCCUUUGUAGCCAUCGGUGACUCUGAUGGACACUUGGGUCUCGGUGUCAAGUGCGCCAAGGAAGUGGCCACUGCCAUUCGAGGUGCCAUCAUGAUUGCUAAGCUCUCUAUCAUCCCUGUCCGACGUGGAUACUGGGGUGCCAAGCUUGGAGAGCCCCACACCGUUCCUUGCAAGGUUCAAGGAAAGACUGCCUCCGUUUACGUCAAGCUUGUCCCUGCUCCUCGAGGUACCGGGAUCGUUGCUGCUCCCGCAAGCAAGCGUCUUCUUCAAUUGGCUGGUGUCCAGGAUGUCUACACUCAAUCCCGAGGAAACACCUCGACAAUGGGCAAUUUCCUCAAGGCGACCUACGCUGCGAUCACUGCCACCUACGCCAUUCUUACACCCGACAUGUGGCAACAAAUUCCCCCACCUCCUCAGCCCUUCGAGGAGUUCUCCACUCAUUUACAAAUGACUGCUGGAAAGAAAACCUAUUAAGCAACUCACU